AUGACCGACUCCAAUGCCGACUCCAAUGGAUUCUAUGCGCCCAAUAUGCGCGCAGUGCCUGCUGGCGACUUCGUAAGACCAAGCAGAAAGACUAACGGUGCCGGUGUACAGGCCGAAGACACGCGGAUAUGCGUCGUCAUGGUAGGCUUGCCCGCGCGGGGCAAGAGUUUGAUUGCACAGAAAGUGGUUCGCUACCUCCAUUGGUUAUCGAUCAAAUCCAAGACGUUCAACGUUGGCCAGUAUCGUCGUACUGCGACCCCAAACCCCUCCGCCGAGUUCUUCGAUACCUCCAACCCAGAAGGAGAGCGUCUCCGGAAAGCAGCCGCCGAAGCAGCUGUUAACGACAUGUGCAAAUGGUUUUCUGAGGGCAGGGGCUUGAUCGCGAUACUAGACGCCACAAACUCAACCAAGAGCCGGCGCAGGUGGAUACAGGAGCGAUGCGCUGCCGAGAACAUCGAGACACUGUUCGUGGAGUCAAAGUGUGACGACGAAGAUCUCAUCAUGAGCAACAUAUUGGAAGUAAAGACAACAUCUCCAGACUAUGUCGGUCAAGACCCCGAGGAAGCUGCAGCGGAUUUCCGCAACCGUAUCCGGAACUACGAGAAGGUGUACCAGACCAUAGACGAGGACGAGCGCGAUCUUACAUACGUCAAGCUCAUCGAUGUGGGCAAGCAAGUCAUCAUCAACCAGAUCCAGGACUACCUCCAGAGUAGGGUUGUCUACUACUUGAUGAAUCUCCACAUCAAGCCGCGCUCGAUCUGGUUAUCGCGACACGGUGAAUCCGAGUACAACCUCACGGGUCAAAUUGGAGGCGACGCAAACCUAUCAGAGCGAGGAGAUGCCUACGCGCAUGCGCUACCCGGUCUAGUUGCGAAAUCGGUCGGCGACGGUCGUAAACUCACUGUCUGGACCUCAACCUUGAAGCGAACGAUCCAAACCGCACGAUUCCUCACAUUCGAGAAGUUGGAAUGGAAAGCGCUCGACGAACUCGACUCCGGUGUCUGCGACGGUCUCACAUACGCUCAAAUCGAACAGAAGUUCCCCGAAGACUUCAAGCAACGCGACGAGGACAAAUACAACUACCGUUACUUGGGUGGAGAGUCAUAUCGCGAUGUUGUCAUUCGUUUGGAGCCCAUUAUCAUGGAGCUAGAGCGGAGCGAGAACAUCUUGAUCGUUACACACCAGGCCAUCCUGAGGUGUAUCUACGCAUACUUCAUGAACGUACCACAAGAGCAGAGCCCGUGGAUGGAAGUCCCGCUACACACGUUGAUAAAAUUGACGCCCAAGGCGUACUCAACACAGGAAGAGAGACUGAAAGCCGACAUACCGGCGGUCAGCACCUGGCGAGGUAAGGGCAGCAAGGCUGAGCAUCAGCAGGCAAAUGGCGGCACAUAG